CCCAAGAUGAACUAUUUUUCUCAUUUCUUACUUUCAUUACAUGUCUAUCUGUUUUCUCUCUUUGCGUUAAACUCAGUAGUACCAUUUACCCCAAACAUUAUUGCUUAUGCAUUACCAAAUAAUUCUGAUCAUUUCUCACUACUUAAGUUCAAAGAAGCCAUAUCCACGGACCCCUUUGGAAUCUUACUCUCAUGGAAUACUUCUAUUCACUUUUGUCACUGGUAUGGAAUCACAUGCAAUUCCAAGCUUCAAAGAGUUACAGAGUUGAAUUUAGAAGGACACCAAUUGAAGGGAUUCUUAUCUCCUCACAUUGGAAAUCUCUCAUACAUGACAAACUUCAGCAUCAUGAACAACAACUUCUAUGGGGAAAUCCCACAAGAAGUUGGACGAUUGUCACAACUGCAGAAACUCUAUCUGGGAAAUAACUCAUUUGUAGGAGAAAUCCCUACAAACUUGACAGGUUGCGCUCAUCUCACAAUCUUAUACUUGUUUGGAAACAAUUUGAUUGGCAAAAUACCAAUCCAAAUUGGCUCACUUCAAAAACUUCAAAGUUUAAAUGUUGGGAAGAACAGGUUAACAGGAGGAAUCUCACCAUUCAUAGGGAAUGUUUCAUCCCUGAUUUAUCUCUCCGUCAUUAUUAACAAUUUAGAAGGAGAUAUUCCUCUACAGAUAUGCAGUCUCAAAAGCUUGGCAUUUGUAUAUGUGAGUCUCAACAACUUGGCUGGACCAUUUCCUUAUUGUCUCUACAAUAUGUCUUGUCUCACUGAAAUUGACGCAUCAAUAAAUCAAUUCAAUGGCUCUCUUCCUCCCAGUAUGUUCCACACUCUACCUAAUCUCCGGACAUUUACAAUUGGUGGCAAUGAAGUUUCAGGUCCAAUUCCGGUUUCCAUCACUAAUGCAUCUAUGCUUUCAAGGCUUCAGAUCUCUAGAAACUAUUUCACCGGACAAGUUCCCAGUUUGGGGAAGCUACAAUAUCUAUCUUUCCUUUCUUUGGAAAAAAACAAUUUAGGUAACAAUUCAAUUAACGAUUUAGAAUUUUUAAAAUCCUUGACAAACUGCAGUAAGUUGCAGAUUUUGGGUCUGUCUGCCAAUAAUUUUGGAGGUCAUUUGCCAAAUUCCAUGGGUAAUUUAUCCACCCAACUCACUCAACUAUAUCUAGGAGGCAAUCGCAUAUCAGGAGAAAUUCCUGCAUCCUUAGGAAAUUUAAUUGGCUUAAAUCUCUUGAUGAUAGAACAAAACAGCAUUAGUGGAAUUAUCCCAACAACUUUUGGGAAGUUUCAGAAAAUGCAAAAGUUGACGUUGGGUUCAAACUAUCUGUCAGGGCAAAUAGGAGCCUUCAUAGGCAACCUCAGUCAAUUGUUUUUUCUAGGUUUGGAGAAAAAUAUGUUACAAGGAAAUAUUCCUCCGAAUAUAGGAAACUGUCAAAAGUUACAAGAAUUGGAUCUAUAUCAAAACAACCUCACAGGAACCAUACCCAUUGAGAUUUUCAAUCUGUCAUCUCUAACAAACUUUCUUGAUUUGACAGAAAACUCUUUGAGUGGUAGCAUACCAGCAGAAGUGGGCAACCUAAAACACGUCGAUUUUCUAUCUCUGUCUAACAACUAUUUGUCUGGUCACAUUCCUAGCACUAUCGGGGAAUGCAUAAUGUUGGAGUACCUCUAUUUGGAAGGAAAUUCCUUACAAGGAAUCAUACCAUCUUCUUUGGCAUCACUGAAAAGCCUUCGAGUUUUAGACAUGUCACAAAACCACUUGUCCGGAUCAAUUCCUAACUCUCUGCAGAACAUUCAUUUCUUAGAAUAUUUCAAUGUAUCUUUUAAUAUGUUGGACGGUGAGAUACCAACUGAAGGUGUCUUUCGAAAUGCAAGUGCAUUAGGUGUAGCUGGAAAUAGUAAGCUCUGUGGAGGUAUUUCAGAACUGCAUCUACCACCAUGUCCUGUCAAAGCUAAGAAACUUGAGAAACACCACAUGUUUAGGUUGUAUGCAAUCAUAGUUAGUGCAGUUGUUUUUCUUCUCAUACUGUCAGUUAUGUUAACAAUCUGCCGGAUGAGGAAAGGAAAUAAGAAACCAUCGCUGGAUUCACCGAGAAUUGACCAACUAGCUAAAGUUUCAUACCAAAGUUUGCACAACGGAACUAAUGGUUUCUCAACUACAAACUUGAUAGGAUCUGGGAAUUUUAGCACUGUCUACAGAGGAACUCUUGAUUUAGAAGACAAAGUCGUUGCCAUAAAGGUCCUAAACCUUCAAAGAAAAGGAGCUCACAAGAGUUUCAUUGUUGAAUGCAAUGCACUUAAAAAUGUUAGGCAUCGAAAUCUUGUUAAGAUUUUGACAUGUUGUUCUAGCACAGAUUACAAAGGUCAAGACUUUAAAGCUCUAGUUUUUGAGUACAUGAGAAAUGGAAGCUUGGAGCAAUGGCUGCAUCCUAGAACAUUAAAUACAGAGCAUUCAAGAACAUUGAGCCUUGAUCAAAGAUUAAAUAUCAUGAUUGAUAUUGCUUCUGCAUUACAUUAUCUUCAUCAUGAAUAUGAGCAAUCAAUCAUUCACUGUGACUUGAAGCCUAGCAAUGUCUUGCUUGAUGAUGACAUGGUUGCUCAUGUUGGUGAUUUUGGAAUAGCAAGACUUCUAAACAUUAAUAGCACCACUUCUAAGCAAGCAACUUCAACUGGAAUAAAAGGGACGGUUGGCUAUGCUCCCCCAGAGUAUGGAGUGGGUUCUGAGGUGUCUACGCACGGGGACAUGUACAGCUUUGGAAUUCUUAUGUUGGAAAUGUUUACAGGAAGGAGACCCACAGAUGAAACUUUUGAGGGUGGUCAAAAUUUGCAUACUUUUGUGAAAAAUUCAUUUCCUAAUAAUGUUUUGCAGAUUUUGGACCCGUCACUUGUAGCAAAACCAGAACAAGCAACAAUAGAAGAAGAAAACACUCAGAACCUUACUACAACCAUUGAAAAGCACUUCAUUUCAGUCAUUAGAAUUGGACUUGCUUGUUCACUAGAGUCCCCAAACGAAAGAAUGAAUAUAGUGGAUGUCACUAGAGAGCUAAAUAAAAUCAAGAGACUCUUUCUAUCUGGUGUCAACACUUGAAUAAUCAAAGCUGAGGUCAAAAGUCACGGCUAUUUCAGAAACUGAUGUGUUUGCAAUGUGGUUUACUACUUAAUUAUAUUUUACCCAGCUCUUGGGAUAAGGUUUUUGUUGUUGUAUCUGCUCAUAUGAAUUCGUCAAUCCAUCCUUCAAAGUUGUCUAUCCUAUGCUAAUGUAUAUCAAGUAAUGGACUUGUGCUUUCUAUACUCUUAUUUCACAUGAUUUGGUCAAUUUUAGUAUUAUUUUUUGCAGUCCAUAUACUUUUUUUUUAAUA